UUGCGAGCAGUUAAAUUUCGAUCUCUAGAUCCACCCUACUUGCUGGCAAAGCCACGAAUACCGGUGUAUGCGAGCCUCCAGUUUGACGUUAAAAGUCGUGAUUUCGUUAUCUUGGAGCGGUUUCCUGUUUUCCACUGCCAGCAAGACGAACCACUUAUCGUCUUUAUCACCCAAACUCAACCCAAAGUUUAUCGGGUAAAUAACCUAAAGGCCAUUCACUUACCUUUGCUUUUGGACGUCCUGUAUCAAAAUCUGCCCGAAGCAGUAGAGCUUUCCGUUAGACGGGCGGAUCCAAAAUCCGAUGAGGAUCGAUAUGUGCCCCAGUUGGAAGUGCACGCGCUACAAGAUGAACUAUCUAAACUAUCGAAGUGA